CCUGUGUGUUGCAGAAGGAAAAAGACAGUGCGAAAGAUGCCAAAAGGCAAAUUGAUGACAUGAGAGGAAAAAUGCACAAGCUACGGACUAAGAAGGCGGAUCUUGAAGCCAGAAUCCAAGAGAUGGAUUCCACCAUCUCUUCCCUCAGAGAAGAACAGCGAACCAUAUCAUCCUCAUUGGAGGAGAAACAGAAGCAGAUCAAUGCACUUAUGGAUUACAAGCGAGGGGAGAGUCGAGAAUCUGCCAGGUUAACGGCUCUGUCUGAGGCCCUCCAAAAGAAAGCAGCUGAAAUCGAGGAACUGAAGCGGCGUGUCGAUUUGCCAGUCAAGGUCUGGUCAGUCAGAUCUGAUGAUCGGUCAAACCUGCCAGUCAAUUUCACAUCUAAAGCCUCCGGAGAAGAGAUCGGAAAUGAAAACAGAAAUAGAAAAGAUGCAGAAACCUCAGGGCAGACACAGGAUAGGAUGCAGGAGGGGAAGAAUGAAACUGGUGAUUCACAACAGGUUUCCGGAAGCGGGACUACCUCCACCGUUGUAGACAGCUAUCAGUCAAGAGAAGAUGGGGUUAGCUCUGAUACCAUAGGAAGAAGAAUACGGGGGAAGAGGAGGAGGAUAAUAAGUUAUAAGGACCUGAAAUCUGAAAAUGGGGUUAAGAGUAUGAGGAGUAGGAAAUCAUUUACAGAUAGUGAAUCUCAUCUUGAAGAAUCAAACAGAGAAAUGGAUGCUAGAAGAACAGCAAAUGGAAAAUCAGCAAAUGGAAGAAAGAAAAGUGAUCUGCAGAAGUUACCUGAUAAUGCAACAUUUGAGGGAGACAGCAAAUUACUUAACAAACUUGAUGACCAGAAAUCAGAAGAGACAGCCAACACCACAAUGAGAAACAAGGACAGAAGGAACAUAACUUACACAAGCAUGACAGAAAAGAGGGCAAAAGAAGAUGUUCAAGAAACAGCAAUGGAAGAUGAAACUUCUAGAAAGUCAAACUCCGGCACAGAUGACAUUGGAUUUUAGACUGCUUCAUGUCAUUACCCAUUGUUAGACAAUUUCAUGCUUUUCUUGCCAUCACAGCUUCUCUAAAGAUCAGUCUAAUUGUUUUGCUUCAAUGUCCCUUUUUUAAUAGAUACUAUAAUUGCUUCAACAACUAAGUUCUUAAGUAAUAUCUAGCAGAGCUCAU